AUGGUGGACGCCUGUGAAGAUGAGCAGACAGCGCUGCUGAAGAAGUUGCUUGAAUCAGAUGGGGUGGCCCCACCGGACUAUUUGUUUGGGUUGAACAAGUUGCUCACGGCUCUCGAAGGCAUCAAUGGUCAGUCCCUUUUGGACAAACGUGGAGAGCUCCGAAACAUGUUUUAUUUGGAAUUGAAGAGGGCCCCAAAUGAAAGAGUUGCUGAGUUUUGCACCCGUUUUCGGUCGCUAGUUGCCGAUCUUGCUGCUGAAGGGGUCACCAUCCAGCCUUCUGAACAAGGCUGGUUCCUUCGCCAGAAACUUGGCCUUGAUAGCUUGAGGCAACAGCUGCUUGAGACGGCCCUCGCAGGCCGUGAAGAGUACAGCGUGGUUGAGGCCGAAUGUCUUCGGCUGUUCAAGGAUCUUCAUCAAAAUGAUCCGCUUCGUCGCUUUGAUCGUGGUGAUCGGCCCAAGCUGACGAUUCGACGGCUCUUCCAAUCUCAGGGUUCGAGGGGUCCAUCGUCUUCGGCUUCGACUAUCAGCCGAUCACCGUCUAUGUUCUCGGCGGCGACCUCGGCACGAUCUUCGAAUUCUACCAGCACGAGACGUGCCUAUGUGACUGAAGCUGAUGACCCGCCGGACCAACAGCCUGAGGAGGUUCUUGAGACCACGGCCUAUGAAGGAAACCUUGAAGAGGUUAUCCAGUCCGAGGCUGAGGUACUGGCGACAGAGCUUCAGGAAGCUGAAGAGCAGGGAGUUGACCCUGCCCUGUUGGAAGACAUGGAAUCUUCGUUUGAGCAAGCCGCAGAGGCCCUUGUCACGAUGAAGGAGGCCAAGAGUCGGUUGCAAGAGGUCCGCAAGGAUCGUGGCUUUGGCAAAGCUGGAGCUCUUGGAGGUGGACGGCAAAAUGCCGGUGUUCCAGCGGCCCGAAAGGCCUCAGGAAAGCAUCCAUGCUUCGAUUGCAAUCAGCAUGGUCAUUGGGCAGGCGACAAGGAAUGCCCGAAGCCUGGUGCAGGCUUAGGCCGAAAAGGCCCAGCUCCAGCCGCCAAGGCCAAAGCAAAAGUCCGCCAAGUUCGGGUGACGGAGGCAUUCCAAGCAGAGCAUGUUGAGCCCCUUGCACCUUCACCAUCGAGUACAUCCUCACCUCCGGAAAACCCUGGUUCCCCUCAUGAGGUCAAUAUGGUUUUGCGUGGGAGUUCAUCCAUGUCUUUGGAACAAGCGUUCGAGCAGUCCCUUGCGAAUGCUUUCAACUCCACCCUCAUGUCCAGCACGGCGCAGGACUUGGCGACUGAGAAGCACCUCGUUGGCGCCCUAGACAGCGCCUGCAACAGAAGCUGUGCCGGUCCAACCUGGCUAUCGAGUUAUGUUGAGCAGCUUGAGUUCGCACCACCCUUCAUUCGUGACCUGCUCCAAAGCAUCGAAGAGACUGAACGGUUCAAGUUUGGGAACGGAGGUCUGGCCAUCAGCAGCAAGCGCUGGAGGCUCCCAGCAUGCGUUGGAGGCCGUGUGUUUUUGGUUUGGAUCAACGAGGUCCCCAUCCCUUCGCUGGGCUGUUUACUUGGAUGUGAUGUUUUGGAUGCCCUUGGAGCUGUUUUAGAUUUUGGCCAGCGAACUUUGCACUGCACCUCACUUUUUGACGACCCUCAACACAGGUUAGAGCUCAAGCAAAUGGCCGCCGGCCAUUUCAUGUUGGAGAUGAUCCCCACCACUUGGCCGAGGCUAGGACCUGGGAAAUGGCGGCGAUGUGGGCUUGAUGGAGUAGUUGAACUUCAACUCACCCCUCGAUCGUGGCUCGAACGUCGUGUCGCUGAAGGUUGUUUUGGUGCAAACGACUACUUGCGGGACGACCUCAAGUACCUGAUCAUGGAGACCUCACCUCCGACAUCGACCCAACCGCUGAAGAUGUCCAAGUCCGGCCCCCUCGAGCCGUUGACUCCGUCGUUGGUGAAGGCCUUCAAGCAGGAGCACCCACGGGGCUUUGUGCCCUACCGGUGGAACCGUUUUGCGCUGCGGUUGAUGAGCCGCAAUGUGUGGCACGCUCAGAGCAUCCUCAUCCAGUUCGCUUCAAGAUCGCAUUUGCGCUUCUUGCCCUUUCCGUAUCCCUCGAUUGGUUCUGUGGAGCAAUGGUUGCUUCAGGCGCAGUCCAUGGUCAACAUGAACACCCUGAGCCGGCGGCAUCAUCACCUUGCCUUGGAAGCCGGGAGCUUUACUGCGGAGAACCUGAUCGAGUUGGGCCGCUUGAGGGAUCGCUGUGGCUGGAAGACUGCAUUCCUGGAGGAUGGAUUGCUCGCUGGCUUCAUCGCUGCCCGUGCUCAGAAGGGUCAGCGAGAGAAGUUGAGGGCUGCUGCACUGGAAGAGACCAAAGCUCGCGUGGCUCAGGAGUCUGCGGAGAUGGAUCGCGAGAUCAUGGCCCGGAUUCGCCCCUUGGUCGAGCUCCUCAAGAACAAGGCACCGCCUUCAACGAGCGAGCAACUUCGUGUGGAGCGCUUGGACCCCUUGGCAUCGAAGACGCCCACUUCGUCUACAUGGUCAGCCGUGGAAGCCGGGCCCACCAUUGGCGGCGACCACAGGAGCUUACCCACUGCCUUCGGAGAUGGGACCGGCAGGAGCCGGCGAGAUGGCUGUGGACCUCACCAAGGAUUGAACCUUGUCCAGGAGGACUUCAAACUUCAUGGCAAGCUCAAGAAGGGCAUCAGUCAGAUGAUUUCCCAAGCCUGGCAUCGACACCGACGAGACCAACUUGCCUUGUCCGUUGGCUCCAAGGAGAUUCAAGAGGUCUUCAUGGCGACUUGGGACAUGGAGAUGAGAGAGGCCCUCAAUGAGACCUUCGCUAUGGAACUUCGUUUGCCUUCGACCUUCAUCACCGAGGUCUACACGGACACUGAACCGGUAGCUCACGCAGCACGACGUCGCGGCCUUAACCCUGGGGACAGCUUGACUCUUGGGACUGGAUGGGACUUCCGACUUGCAGAACAUCGCAAGGCCGCUUUGGCAUUGAUAAAGAAGACUAAGCCCUAUGUUGUCGUGCUUGCCUUCCCUUGCAGUGCAUGGUCGCAGCUCCUGGCCCUCAACGCCGCGGUGAACUUGGAGAAGCUGAGAGCCGAAGCACAUGAGCUUGUUGCUUUUGCCAUAGAAGUCGCUCAGCUGCAAUUGAAGUCUGGGCGACACUACUUGAUGGAGAACCCCCGCUCAUCUAUGGCAUGGAAGCUUGAGGUCAUGGAGGAUUUUGUGACAUCCACGGGUGCCUUGGAGGUGGUUGUGGACAUGUGCAGGUUCAAUCUCCGUGCACCUGGCGGGGAACUUCACAAGAAAGCCACGAAGCUUGUCACGUCGAUGCAAGCCUUGAUCUCCAUCUUCCUGAACAAGCGCUGUUUGGGAGAUCACCCUCACACUCCGGUGAUCGGAGGUAAGCAAAUCUCUGCUGCUGCAGGUCACUACACCAAGGAAUUCUCCGAUGCGGUGAUCGAUGGAUGCAUGCAGCAGUAUGACUUCGAGCGCUCUUUGGCCUUUAAGCACUCCGAGACUGAGUUUGAGGUCAUGUCUGUUGAGCAUGAGGUGAUGGUCGUUGGAGAUGAGGAGGAUUUGGACUCCGAGGCUUCGUUCGAGCCGUCAAAAGAUGAUGAAGAGAAGCCUAUUCCUGCUGCCAUCAAGAAUGCGGUCUACAGGCUUCAUGUGAACACCAGUCAUCGGAGCAACCAACGAUUGGCACGAGCUCUACUGAUUUGUGGCGCUCCCAAGGAAGCUGUGCUGGCAGCCAAGCGGCUGAAGUGUCCUGUAUGCGCCGAGCGGCGCAACCCGAAGCCUCGACCUGCCAAGCCUACGCUGAGCAAGCUGCUGGCGAUCAGGGAGACCUCACGUCUCUCGAUGAUUCGACUUCACUACAGCCGUGGACUACGCCAAGCUGAACUGGCCCGCUCAAGGUCUUCGACCGUGGAAGAUCAACCGCAACCUGGAGAUCUUGUCUUCUUUUGGCGAGCUCAAAAGUACCAGUCCCGCAAGGAUGUUGGAGCUGGAACUCGACGCCGGCUACUUCUUCGACGCUGGCAUGGACCAGGACUUCUAGUGGCCACUGAAGGCCGCCAUGGGACGGAGCUCGCUGCCAAUUGUUUCAUUUCUUUUCGUGGUCAGUUGACCAAAUGUCCAUUUGAGCAUGUGAGAAAGGCAUCUUCGCUCGAGAGCAUUGCUGCUGGAUCUUGGGAGGCUGCGAUCGAUGAGGUGAUCUCAGCUGCUAAGGAUGAACUUCGUCGGGAGGAGGACGCCAAUGAGUACACGCCUUCCGAUGGACCCAUUGAGGAGGCAAUCACUUCGCCUAGAGGCAAUGAACCACUUGCUGGUGGUCUGCAGCCCUAUGAGAUUGUCGCAGCACUACAGCCGCCUGCUUCGGUGGUCCCUUCUAUGGUUGGACGAAGCGUCCCAGCCUCUUUGCAUGAUGCUGGAACUGAGCCGACUGAAGCACCCGGUACAGCAGCGCCUGGAACUCCGGUGCCAAGUCUGAUUUUGCAGGCUUCUCAAGCACCUUCGAGAUUGACGAGCCCUAUGGCAGGUUCACCUAUGUCCAGAACGCUGGAGCGUGCAAGAGCUUUUGAUGAACAAGCCGCUGGACAAACUGCUGACCGAGGGACAAAGAGACCGGCGGAAGACCCACUGCCGAGCGCAGACACAGUGUUCUCAGACGUUGCCAGGCCCGCCUUCGAAGCAUUGGAGCUGACCCAUGCUGAACUCGAGAACUUGGCUGAAAAUAAGGACAUCCACCCUCUCCUUAGACUACAAGCUAUGGUGGAUGCAGAUCGCCGAGUUGGUGAUUUGUUUGCUGAGCCUGAUCAUAGUUCUUGGGACGGCAAAUGGGGCAUGCUAUGUGAAAGGGACUGGCAGCUUCUACAUCGACUUGGAGCCCAACUUCCUUCAGGUGCACCUCCGGAGCACGAUGUGUUAGCCUUGCAGACGGCCCGCAAAGAGUACCAGUGGAGCAAGAUGUCCGGGCACCAGAAGAAGCUUUGGGGUGAAGCAGCCGUGACCGGUUGGAAAGCCUACAUCGACAACUCUGCGGUGGAGGUCCUUUCAUUGCACGAAUCCAGCCGGAUUCGCAAAGAGCUGAGCCGUCGCGGGGAGCUUGAUCGCAUCUUGGAUGGGCAGAGCUUUUGGCACCGUUUGGAGGCGGGAGUCACGAUUGCUGAGCUCAGCAACCAGCAUGCGCUGAUUAGUGAGCUUCCUGCCGCAACCGUUGCGCUGGCCUUCUUGACGGCUCACGGCCUGGUUCGCUUGGCCAGAUGGCUUCACCAGGCUUUGUUCGCAAGUACCAACGAACUUUGCUGGCCCGUUUGUCGCGACUUGGAACGUGGCUUUGGCAGAGACAGAGAUGUGAGUUCCUGGAGUGCAGCCGCGUGGCCUUUGCGCAUGACACGCGCUGAAGUGGAGGCCACCCAAGCAGCCGUGCUGAGCUUUGUCCUCAACGAGGCGGAAGUCGAAUGCUUGGAGAAGAUUGGAGCUACACUCCUGAAGAAUGACGAACAGGAUGACGAAGGAGUUGACCUCUUCUCCACGUCGGAGGCCGGCUUUCACAAGGCAGCCGAAGCGGCACUGCACCGACUUGGCCAGCAUCGAGUGCUCUACCUUCAUUCCACUGAGGUGAGGAACCGUUUGGGUCAGAAGGACCGGUGCUUCCUGGAAGAACUGGAAGCCAAAGUGCUGGCGUUGAUGAGGCACUGCGUUGGGGACUCCUCUCAAGCCGUUCUGUUCAACUAA